UGGAUAUUAUGCAAACCGCUAAGCAGCUGUUGCCAUGGUCACCUCCUCAAGCAAAGGUGAUUUGAUUUCUGUUCUCGAGCGCAGUCAGACUAACUUUCGUGGCGACUGAAACGUUAUUUGAAAAUACUGCUGAAACGUUUACGAAACAAACUUGUAAGACCUCCGACCUUUUCUUUGAACUAAACCCCUAAUUGGGAGGUCAAACCCCAAUGGUUCGCACACUGAAGUCUUAAAUUGCAUGUAGUAGUCGAGAUCAUGUCCAGAUCUAACAGCGUGAGCCCACCCGGCGCUGGCGCUCCUGUAUUGAGGGGAGGGACGGAGCACAGAUCCGCUUGGGGCGAGUCUGAGUCCGUGGCGAACGGAUGUCCAUACUCGGCCAGAUCCUCCUGCAAAAAGCUCAUACGGUCCAACAGUCGGUGGAGAGAGGACGAUGACUUCGAGCUACAACCAGGCCGAGCCACGACCACUGUCAGCCGGGUUAGUUUCAGAUCCAAGUCUGCUUGGCAAGAACACGGAGAGGAGAGUCGCAACAAUAACCGCUCGUCCCCGAGGUACCGAGAUGGAGAAGUGAGACCCAAGUCCGUGGAGGUAGGUUUGGAGGACAGGAGAACCAAGUCCAAGCCAGAGGAGGAGCUCAUGCCUGAAGUUAACUUUUCCAUGAGCGCGUGCUGCAACGGCGUGAUGCAGAUUUUCAAAUCCAAGAAGUUCCAGUCGGAGAAGUUGGAGAGGCUUUACCAGCGCUACUUCUUCCGACUCAACCAGAGCAGUUUGACUAUGCUCAUGGCCGUUCUUGUGCUGGUGUGCGCAGUGAUGCUGGGGUUCCACUGCGCUGGAGGAGUGUGUCGGCUCACUUACGUGGUGGUUUUCUCCACGACGAUCGUACUCAUCCUCACGCUGAUUGUCUUGUGCAACAGGAACGGCUUCCAUCAGGAUCACAUGUGGAUAGUUUGCUAUGUGCUCAUUUUGGUGGUGCUGGCUGUACAUGUGAUCGGCGUGCUGCUGGUGGAGCCGCGGAGCGCGUCUGAAGGCAUCUGGUGGACCGUGUUUUUCAUCUAUGUCAUUUACACACUUCUGCCGGUGCGGAUGAGAGCAGCGGUCAUCACUGGAAUUAUACUGUCUGCCAUACAUGUGCUGGUCUCAUGGAAGUUAAACGAAAGGGACGUCUUUUUGUGGAAACAGCUCGUGUCCAAUGUCCUGAUCUUCUCCUGCACUAAUAUAGUUGGCGUGUGCACACACUACCCAGCAGAAGGCUCACAGAGACAAGCCUUCCAGGAGACAAGAGAAUGUAUUCAAGCGCGUCUGCACUCUCAGAGAGAAAACCAGCAACAGGAACGCCUUCUCCUCUCUGUGCUUCCUCGACAUGUCGCCAUGGAGAUGAAAGCCGACAUAAAUGCCAAACAAGAGGAUAUGAUGUUCCACAAGAUCUAUAUUCAAAAGCAUGACAAUGUGAGUAUCCUCUUUGCUGACAUUGAGGGCUUCACCAGUCUGGCUUCCCAGUGUACUGCCCAGGAGUUAGUGAUGACCCUCAACGAGCUCUUCGCACGAUUCGACAAACUAGCCGCUGAGAAUCACUGUCUGCGGAUUAAGAUCCUGGGCGACUGCUACUACUGCGUGUCGGGGCUGCCCGAGGCCCGUGCCGACCAUGCUCACUGCUGCGUGGAGAUGGGUGUGGACAUGAUCGAAGCAAUCUCGUUGGUGAGGGAAGUCACUGGGGUCAACGUCAACAUGCGUGUGGGUAUACACAGCGGGCGCGUCCACUGCGGGGUGCUGGGAUUAAGGAAGUGGCAGUUUGAUGUCUGGUCCAACGAUGUCACCUUGGCCAAUCACAUGGAAGCUGGGGGCGAAGCAGGGCGUAUCCAUAUCACCAAGGCUACCCUGAACUACCUGAAUGGGGAUUAUGAUGUGGAACCUGGAUUUGGUGGAGAAAGAAAUAUCUAUCUCAAGAAGCACAACAUUGAAACCUACCUCAUUGUGGGCUGCAGUCAGAAACGGAAAGAAGAAAAGGCCAUGAUUGCUAAGAUGAACCGGCAACGCACCAACUCUGUCACUCAUAAUAGCACUCACUGGACCGACCGGCCCUUCUACAAUCACCUGGGUGGCAAUCAGGUUUCCAAGGGGCUGAAGAUGAUGGGAUUUGAGGAUUCUAAAGACAAACAUUUCAUUUUCAGAAACACGCAAGAAAACCUGAACCCCGAGGACGAGGUGGACGAAUUUCUGGGCCGUGCCAUUGAUGCUCGGAGCAUCGACCGGUUACGGUCCGAACACGUCAAGAAAUUUCUGCUGACAUUCCGAGAACCUGACCUGGAGAAGAAGUACUCCAAGCAGGUAGACGCCAGGUUCGGAGCAUACGUAGCCUGUGCCUCCCUCGUCUUUUUAUUCAUCUGCUUCAUUCAGAUCGUCAUUGUGCCACAUUCCGGGCUGAUGAUUGGCUUCUAUGUGGUGUGCCUGGUCCUCCUGUUGGCCGUCAUGUUCAUCUCAGCCAUAUACUCCUGUUUUGAGUUUUUCCCUGUGCCUCUGCAAACUCUGUCUAAAAGGAUUGUUCAGUCCAGACUCAACAGCACCCUGGUGGGAGUUUUUACAAUCGUCCUGGUUUUUCUCUCCGCUUUCAUUAACAUUUUCACCUGCAGUACAGAUGACCUGAAGACAUGUUUAGGACAGGAGUUUAACAUCACCCCCAGAGAUGUGAACGCUUGCCAUGUCCGCAGCUCUUUCUUCAACUACUCUCUCUGGUCUCAGGACAGCCUCUGCAACAGCUCGUCACCCACCUGCAAUUUCCCAGAGUACUUCUCAUCAUGUGUGCUGCUCAGUUUACUGGCCUGCUCAGUGUUCCUACAGGUCAGCAGUAUUGGUAAACUCUUCCUCAUGCUCUUCAUCGAGGUCCUGUAUGUGCUUAUCGUGGAGGUGCCUGAGGUCAGCCUUUUUGACAAUGUGGACCUGCUGGUCAUGGCCAAUGCCAUAGAGUAUAUUAAUGGAACAAGCUGUGUGACAGACAUGCGGGUUCCUCUAAAGAUCAUGACACCAGUAGUCAUCACGGUGUUUGUGCUAGCGCUCUACCUUCAUGCACAGCAGGUGGAGUCCACUGCCAGACUGGACUUUCUCUGGAAGUUACAGGCUACAGAGGAGAAAGAGGAGAUGGAAGAACUUCAGGCCUACAACCGUCGGCUUCUCCACAACAUCUUGCCCAAAGAUGUGGCUGCACACUUUCUGGCACGCGAGCGGCGGAACGACGAGCUGUAUUAUCAGUCGUGCGAAUGUGUGGCUGUCAUGUUUGCCUCCAUCAGCAACUUCUCUGAGUUCUAUGUGGAACUGGAGGCCAAUAAUGAAGGUGUUGAGUGCUUGAGACUGCUCAACGAGAUCAUCGCUGACUUUGAUGAGAUCAUUAGUGAGGAUCAGUUUCGUCAACUAGAAAAGAUCAAAACCAUUGGCAGCACCUACAUGGCUGCGUCUGGGCUUAAUGACUCCACUUAUGAUAAAGCAGGAAGGUCGCACAUUCGCGCUCUAGCCGACUACGCUAUGCGCCUCAUGGACCAGAUGAAGUACAUAAAUGAGCACUCUUUUAAUAACUUCAAAAUGAAGAUCGGUCUUAACAUGGGUCCCGUCGUGGCUGGUGUCAUAGGGGCUCGUAAACCGCAAUAUGACAUAUGGGGGAAUACUGUGAAUGUAGCCAGCCGAAUGGACAGCACUGGGGUACCUGAGAGAAUACAGGUCACAACUGACCUCUACCAGGUUCUCAGCUCAUAUAACUACACACUGGAGUACAGAGGCGUUGUGAAGGUGAAGGGCAAAGGAGAAAUGGCGACCUACUUCCUAAACGGAGGACCCAACAGCAGUUAACACACAGCAUCUGACAUUCAGAACACUUUUGAGAUGAUAUGGUGAGGAGACGCUUUGGUCCGGGCCAGCCAGGCUGUUGACGGGCAUCCUCCUGGACCAAUCACAAUAGGAUGUGUUUGGAAAGCCAGUCUAAGAGUGGCCUCUUUGCACACUGAGACUUCCUAUAGGAUUAACGGAGGGCUUUGCCCCCUUUAUUUAAGGUAUGGAACAGCUCAGAAAGACGUUCAACCUCAGAGACCAAAGAAACAAAGGAAUCUCAAGGCAUAAAAAGCAGUUCUCCCUGUCUUCUAUAAUUCUUAUAUUGCUAAGAGAGGACAGAUGCACCUGGCUUUGGCUCUCUCAGGUGUGGCGGGACUGCGAUCUUACUCCACCAACUGGUCCUGGCGGCUCCAAAUCAAAACUGCAUGAAAACACUGAUGAAUCAUAUACACAUAAAACAUGUGUUUUACAGGUAUAUUGGCUUCAGUGUAUGUAAAGACUAAAGAGUUCUGUUCAUACGGUCCUGUUGCGUGGCGAUAUCGCAAUAGAUAGAGAUAUCACAAUGAGCUUAUAUAUGGUAGAGGGCCAUAGUGAGCACAGCAGCUUUACAAACCAUUUGUGGUUCCCCGAACUUUGCUGCAGCGACUGUGGUUGUUACUGGUAAGGGAGCUAGUGUUGACAGUGUUACCUCUGAGAGUUGAGAAUGAAGCCCCGUUCACGCCGCCCGCAACUUGAAACGACCCAAAGUCAUUCAUUUUCAGUGCCGGGUUGUGGCCAGGUCCAACGAUGCAACGUCUUCAUUUAGCAACUGUAGUUGGGAAUCAGCUCGACUAAAGUUUGUCCUUGUAGUCCGCAAUUUUAUGUGUCUCUUAUACCAUGCGCAGGGACAGUAUUAAAUACUGAUGCGUAUUAGAUGAAAAUGAAGUGUGUGUGAGCCCAAAUAGCCUAGCGUUUGAGCUUUUCGGUACAGAUAAAUGGCAGUCCACAAUGCUAAAGAGCACACACUGAUUCUCGUUCAUCUUUAAUAUGAUGCAUACUUA